UAUCGAUUCGCUUUGACAGACGUCAAAAUCGUUAGGCUAUUCUGAUGGCAGCUCCACCAGCACGUCCCCCGAUGGACGAUGAACGACUCAAGGCCCUGACCUCAUACCGCACCAAGCUUUUGGAGCACCGCGAGGUGGAGUCGCGAUUGAAGGCGCUGCGGGACAAGCACAAGGUGCUCAACGCUCAGUACGAGAAAUCCGAGGCGGACCUAAUGGCGCUGCAGAGCGUGGGGCAGAUGCUCGGGGAGGUCCUCAAGCAGCUGACUCCGGACAACUUUAUCGUGAAGGCCUCGAAUGGUCCGCGCUACGUGGUCGGAUGUCGGCGGCAGAUCAACAAGGCGAAACUUAAGGCCGGCACUCGGGUCGCCCUCGAUGUGACCACUCUGACCAUCAUGCGCUAUUUGCCGCGGGAAGUGGAUCCCCUGGUCUACAACAUGACCCACGAGGAUCCCGGAAACGUCAACUACUCCGAGAUCGGCGGUCUCGCCGAGCAAAUCCGCCAGCUUCGCGAGGUCAUCGAACUGCCUCUGCUAAAUCCAGAAAUCUUCAUCCGUGUGGGCAUCAAUCCGCCCAAGGGAUGUCUGCUCUAUGGGCCACCUGGCACCGGAAAAACCCUCUUGGCCCGCGCCAUCGCCUCCCAGAUGGACGCUAACUUCCUGAAGGUGGUCUCUUCGGCAAUUGUGGACAAGUACAUUGGCGAGAGCGCCCGUCUGAUUCGCGAGAUGUUUGCCUACGCCCGCGAUCACCAGCCGUGCAUCAUAUUUAUGGACGAGAUCGAUGCCAUCGGAGGACGGCGUUUCUCGGAGGGAACUUCCGCCGACCGCGAGAUCCAGCGCACCCUGAUGGAACUGCUCAACCAGAUGGACGGCUUUGAUGCCCUGGGCCAGGUGAAAAUGAUCAUGGCCACCAAUCGGCCGGAUACACUGGAUCCUGCCCUUUUGCGUCCCGGGCGACUGGAUCGCAAGCUGGAGAUCCCGCUGCCCAAUGAGGUGGCUCGCAUGGACAUCCUCAAGAUUCACGCAGAACCGCUGUCGAAGCGCGGCGAAAUUGACUACGAGGCGGUGGUUAAGCUGUCGGAUAUGUUUAAUGGCGCCGAUCUACGGAACAUUUGCACGGAGGCCGGGCUUUUCGCCCUGCGCUGCGACCGAGAAUACGUUGUGCAGGAGGAUUUCAUGAAGGCUGUCCGCAAAAUCGCCGACAACAAGAAGUUGGAGUCUAAGCUGGACUACAAGCCCAUUUAAGAUCCAAUUGGCUAACUUAUUUAAAUAAUUUGUAACUUAUUGCCAGUCAUAAAUAGCUCUGAAAAAGGCGAGCGUAAACACAAUCAAUUAAACUGAUCAUGCUUAC